AUGGCAGGCUACCAGCUCUGGUCACCAUGGACCCCCCUGGAUGAGAGCUUCCAAUGGCUGCGACAUACUACGCCUACCCCUUCCUCCAAGCACCCUUUCAGGGCCUCUCCUUGCUUCCCCCACACCCCUUCUGACCUUGAAGUGCAGCUGUGCCUUCAAGAAGUCACCCUUGUCCUAGACAGCCCACUUGUGGAACCUGGAGAGAGUCCCAAGUUGCCCUGUCACACGUCAGAGCUCCGAGCUGUGAAUAACAAGAAAGGAGUGCUGAGGAAGCCCCAGCCCAUCCGCCUCCGUGGAGUGGAUUCUGUUUUUGGGAGGGUCAUCACAGCCCAGCCACCCAAGUGGACUGGAACCUUCAGAGUUUCAGACAAGUCAGCCUUCUGCAAAAUAAUUAGCAGGGAGCACCAGUGGCCGACUGGACUCAAGGAGCCUCAGAUCCAAAUGACAGUGACUAUGUGCAAGCAGAUGCUACGCUCGAUCCUCUUGCUGUAUGCGACUUAUAAGAAGUGCACCUUUGCCUUGCAGCACUCCAAGUAAAGGCCCCAUGUGACCGCUGUGCU